GCGACGUGGCGAAAGAGGCACAAAGCGAACUCAAUCGUUGAAAAAUACCGAACCGGUCCGGUACUCAGUUUUUUGUUGUAGAAGUAGGCGGUCGACGGCCUAGUUGAACUUGAAUUAUUCACCGAUAUCGCUUCAAGUGAACUCCAAUAAUGAUGUGGCGCCUCGCUGGAGUGCUCCUACUGGGCUUCAUCGCCAUCUCGUCCGGAGCGGAGCAGGAUGUCCUGGAACUGGGGGACGACGACUUCGCCACCACCCUGAAACAACACGAGACGACGCUAGUCAUGUUCUAUGCCCCCUGGUGCGGCCACUGCAAGCGAUUGAAGCCCGAGUACGCCAAGGCGGCGGAGAUCGUGAAAGACGAUGAUCCGCCAAUCAAACUGGCCAAGGUUGACUGUACGGAAGCUGGAAAGGAAACGUGCAGCAAGUACUCCGUCAGCGGCUACCCAACGCUGAAGAUCUUCCGUCAGGAUGAGGUGUCGCAGGACUACAAUGGACCACGCGAAGCCAGCGGCAUUGCCAAGUACAUGCGCGCCCAAGUGGGACCCGCCUCAAAGACCGUGCGCACCGUUGCCGAGCUGAAGAAGUUCCUGGACACCAAGGACACCACGCUGUUCGGCUACUUCAGCGACAGCGACUCCAAGCUGGCCAAGAUUUUCCUGAAGUUCGCCGAUAAGAACCGUGAGAAGUACCGCUUUGGACAUUCCAGCGAAAAGGAAGUCCUCGAAAAGCAGGGCGAAACCGACAAGAUUGUGCUUAUUCGUGCGCCCCAUUUGAGCAACAAGUUCGAGUCAUCUUCUAUUAAGUUCGAGGGUAGCUCCGAGUCCGAUCUGUCUACCUUUGUCAAGGAGAACUUCCAUGGUCUUGUGGGACACCGCACUCAGGAUUCGGUCAAGGACUUCCAGAACCCCUUGAUCACUGCCUACUACAGCGUGGACUACCAGAAGAACCCCAAGGGAACGAACUACUGGCGCAACCGUGUGCUCAAGGUGGCCAAGGAGUUUGUGGGUCAAAUCAACUUUGCGAUCGCCUCCAAGGAUGACUUCCAGCAUGAGUUGAACGAGUACGGCUACGAUUUCGUUGGCGACAAGCCAGUGGUAUUGGCUCGCGACGAAAAGAAUCUCAAAUACGCCCUGAAGGACGAGUUCUCAGUGGAGAAUCUGCAGGACUUCGUCGAGAAGCUGCUGGCGAAUGAGCUGGAGCCGUACAUUAAGAGUGAGCCUAUUCCCGAGUCGAACGACACUCCCGUCAAGGUGGCCGUCGCCAAGAACUUCGACGAUCUGGUUAUCAACAACGGCAAAGACACGCUGAUUGAGUUCUACGCCCCAUGGUGCGGCCACUGCAAGAAGCUGACUCCCAUCUACGAGGAGCUGGCCGAGAAGCUGCAGGACGAAGAUGUGGCCAUCGUCAAGAUGGACGCCACCGCCAACGACGUGCCGCCGGAGUUCAACGUGCGCGGCUUCCCCACCCUCUUCUGGCUGCCCAAGGACGCCAAGAACAAGCCAGUCAGCUACAACGGAGGUCGCGAGGUAGAUGACUUCCUUAAGUACAUCGCCAAGGAGGCGACCACAGAACUGAAGGGCUUCGACCGCAGCGGCAAGCCCAAGAAGACCGAGCUCUAAGCUGCACGCCGGGUUGAACUGGCCGCCAACUAGCAUUUCCAUAUUUUUGUAAAAUCGAAUGCAUUCUCCACAAUACUUGAGCAAAAAAA